AUCGGAAACAGGCUCCAGGCUCCGAGCCAUCAGCCCAGAGCCUGACGCGGGGCUCGAACUCACAGACCGCGAGAUCGUGACCUGGCUGAAGUCGGACGCUUAACCGACUGCGCCACCCAGGCGCCCCAUAAACUGGUAGAUUUUAGAUAGAAGAGGAGAAUAAGAAGGAAUUAGAAAAACUGCAAGUACAGACUAUUAUACGGUGUAAACAAAACCAGCAUACAGCAUUGCCGAGGGGAUGCUAAUCUCAAGGAAGAGAUCUUAUCCUACGAGGCUGCUUGGGAGAAGUGAAAAUUUUGAGAUAGCCUUUCAGGUACUUUGUCAGUUUGCAUAUGCAAUCUCCUGUUUUUCCAUUGAGAAGAGGCUCCUUCUUUUCAUCACCCCUUCCCCCCCACCAUCCUCCCCCCCCCAAUGAGGGACUCUCUGCCUGUUAAGGAAGAAUCAUACCAUUGUGCUCAGGGCUUGGGCCCUGUCUUCUGCAGCUCUCUGGAGCUUGAAGCUGUUAACCAAUCUAAACAGGGCCAUAGCCCAAGUGACAGGACUGGUGAAUCUUAGUGCACCCAGGGAUAGGACAAAAUUUAAUGGGGGAGGAACGUAAGGGCCCUUAGUGACCAGACAGAUGAGAGCCCGUACCGCAGAGUUAAGAAAAAAAUUCUCACGUCUGUACAAAGAAUAUGUCAAUUAGACUUACUGUGUAAUCUGUCAGCCACCUUGAUAGGUAUUUGACAUAAAUUGUCUCAUUAAGGCAGAAAGGGUCUGAGACCUCUCCCUGUGGGGGCUGCAUGGCAGAGCUAGAGACGGGCUCCAGCUGUGACUCGAAAGGCUGUGUGCCUCUCACAGUGCUGUGCUGCCUCACUGCAUGCUUUCUGCAGAGAAUUUGGAAAACGGACUAGUUCAGGAAGCAGAACUUCCCAUCAUUCCUCCACCUCCAAACAACCACUGUCUACAUGUUGUUUUUCAUUUCUUAGGCAUAAAUGUUUUUCAUUUUCAUUAAAAAAAUGCCACACAUAACUUUCAAUGGCUUCUUAACAUGCCAUUCCCCUCUGUUCGUGCUUAGUGCCAUAAGGUGUGUGCGGCUUCAAUUAGCUUCUUUGGGGGUUAUUUUCAAUCUAUUCCCUUUCAGCUGGAGGACUGGGGAGGUACACUAUAACAUUUAAACCAGACAUGAAGGGAUGCCUGGGUGGCUCAGUCGGUUGAGCAUCCCACUUCAGCUCAGGUCAUGAUCUCACGGUUCAUGGGUUCGAGCCCCACGUCAGGCCCUGUGCUGACAGCUCAGAACCUGGAGCCUGCUUCGGAUUCUGUGUCUCCCUCUCUCUCUGUCCCUCCCCUGCUCAUGCUCUGUCUCUCAAAAAUGAAUAAACGUUUAAAAAAAUUAAAUCAGAUGUUAAGUAAAAAUGAGAAUACUAGUGUUUUAAACCAGAGGCACUUUUUAUUACUUUUAUUCAGUGCGGAAGAUAUAUGAUACCCUGCCUGUAAAACUUAACCCCGAAUCUGGAUUUUUCCAUGUGCUUCUGCCAGGAAGGACAAGCUCCUCUGAAGCGAGAAGCUGCCCUCGGCAUAGUGAGUCCUGUGCAACAUCACUAAUGAUUACCUGGCGUUUCUGUGUCACAGGCAGGUCCUCAGGUGAGCUAUUCAGACUGCUGCUGGGCAGAGAGAACAAGUGAUUCAGAAGACUGCUACCUUUUUCUCCCCUGCCUUCUUUCCUGCCUUCCUGUGACCAGGGUUCGUGCAAACUUGCAAACAUGUUCACCGUUUCUCAGACCUCGAGAGCGUGGUUCAUCGAUAGAGCCCGUCAGGCUCGGGAGGAAAGGCUGGUGCAGAAGGAGCGGGAGCGGGCGGCCGUCGAGAUCCAGGCCCAUGUUCGCAGUUUCCUGUGUCGCAGGCGACUGCAGAGAGAGAUCCGGAGAGAGAUCGAUGAGUUUUUUAAAGCAGAUGACGUGGAGUCCAGUAAAAGAAGCGCACUUUGUAUUUUUAAGAUUGCCAGGAAACUGCUCUUCUUGUUCAGAAUUAAAGAGGAUAAUGAGAGAUUUGAGAAGUUGUGUCGCUGCAUCCUGAGCAGCAUGGAUGCUGAGAACGAACCCAAGGUGUGGUAUGUGUCCUUGGCUCUUUCCAAGGAUCUCACCCUCCUGUGGAUUAAACAGAUCAAACACAUUCUUUGGUGUUGCUGUGAGUUUCUUGAGCAGCUCAAGCCUGAAAUCUUACAGGACUCCAGACUCAUCACGCUGUACCUCACGAUGCUUGUCACCUUCACAGACACUUCAACAUGGAAAAUCCUCCGCGGAAAAGGGGAGAGUCUUCGACCAGCCAUGAACCACAUCUGUGCAAAUAUAAUGGGACAUCUCAACCAGCAUGGAUUCUAUCCUGUGCUGCAGAUGCUGUUAACCCGUGGCCUGGCAAGACCCCGGCCUUGUCUGUCCAAAAGCACUUUAACUGCGACCUUUUCUCUCGCACUGCGCCCUGUGAUUGCUGCACAAUUUUCAGACAGUCUGCUUCGGCCAUUCCUCAUCCACAUCAUGUCUGUGCCUGCUCUCGUGACUCACCUCAGCACAGUGACCCCUGAGCGCCUCACCGUUUUAGAAUCUCAUGACAUGCUUCGUAAAUUCAUCACAUUUUUAAGAAACGAAGAUCGAUGCCGUGACGUAUGUGAAAGCUUAGAAGGAUGCCAUACGCUUUGUCUAAUGGGCAACCUUCUGCAGUUGGGCUCCCUCAGCCCCAAGGUGUUAGAGGAAGAGACGGAUGGGUUCGUGAGUUUGCUCACCCAGAUGCUGUGCUACUGUCAGAAGUACGUGUCCCAGAAGAAAUCCAACCUGACGCACUGGCACCCCGUCCUCGGCUGGUUCUCCCAAUCUGUGGACUAUGGCCUUAACGAGUCCAUGCCCUUGAUCACCAAACAGCUGCAGUUCCUGUGGGGGGUGCCUCUGAUCCGGAUCUUCUUCAGUGACAUCCUGAACAAGAAGCUUCUGGAGAACCAGGAGCCAGCCCACGCGCAGCCGGCAUCCCCCCAGAACGUGCUUCCCGUGAAGAACCUCCUGAAGCGCGCGUUUCAGAAGUCCGCAUCAGUUCGGAAUAUUCUCAGGCCUGUUGGGGGUAAGCGUGUGGACUCUGCGGAGGUCCAGAAGGUCUGCAACAUCUGCGUCCUCUACCAGACCUCGCUGACGACCCUGACCCAGAUCCGGCUGCAGAUACUCACAGGACUCACUUACCUUGAUGACCUGCUCCCCAAACUGUGGGCGUUUAUCUGUGAGCUGGGGCCCCACGGAGGGUUAAAGCUCUUCUCGGAGUGCCUCAACAAUGACACCGAAGAGUCCAAGCAGCUCUUGGCCAUGCUGACGCUGUUCUGUGACUGCUCCCGGCACCUCGUCACGAUCCUUGACGACAUCGAAGUUUACGAAGAACAAAUUUCAUUCAAACUGGAAGAGCUGGUCACCAUCUCCUCUUUCCUGAACUCCUUUGUGUUUAAGAUGAUCUGGGAUGGGAUCGUAGAGAACGCCAAGGGGGACACCUUGGAGCUGUUCCAUUCUGUCCACGGCUGGCUGAUGGUGCUGUACGAGAGGGACUGCCGGCGGCGCUUUGCCCCCGAGGACCACUGGCUGCGAAAGGACCUCAAACCUAGCGUGCUCUUCCAAGAACUGGACAAGGACAGAAGACGGGCGCAGCUGAUCCUGCAGUACGUCCCUCAUGUCGUUCCCCACAAAAACAGAGUUCUCCUGUUCCGAAACAUGGUUACCAAGGAGAAGGAGAAACUGGGGCUCGUGGAAACCAGCUCAGCCUCUCCCCACGUCACCCACAUCACAAUCCGACGGUCCCGCAUGUUGGAGGAUGGCUACGAGCAGCUCCGGCAGCUGUCCCAGCACGCCAUGAAGGGCGUGAUCCGUGUGAAGUUCGUCAAUGACCUCGGGGUGGACGAGGCUGGCAUUGACCAGGACGGUGUUUUCAAGGAGUUCCUGGAGGAAAUCAUCAAGAGGGUGUUCGACCCGGCACUCAAUCUGUUCAAGACAACCAGCGGGGACGAGAGGCUGUACCCUUCACCCACGUCCUACAUUCAUGAGAACUAUCUACAGCUCUUCGAGUUUGUGGGCAAGAUGCUGGGGAAGGCUGUGUAUGAGGGAAUUGUGGUGGACGUGCCCUUCGCCUCCUUCUUCCUGAGCCAGCUGCUCGGGCACCACCACAGUGUCUUCUAUAGCUCCGUGGACGAGCUUCCUUCACUGGACUCAGAGUUCUACAAAAACCUCACUUCUAUUAAGCGUUACGAAGGGGACAUCGCUGACCUGGGCCUGACUCUGUCGUACGAUGAGGACGUCAUGGGUCAGCUCGUUUGCCAUGAACUGACUCCUGGAGGGAAGACCACGCCAGUUACGAAUGCAAAUAAGAUUAGCUACAUCCAUCUGAUGGCCCACUUUCGAAUGCACACUCAGAUCAAAAACCAGACAGCUGCCCUCAUUAGCGGGUUCCGUUCCAUUAUCAAGCCCGAGUGGAUCCGGAUGUUCUCGACCCCCGAGCUACAGCGUCUCAUCUCCGGUGACAAUGCUGAGAUUGAUCUGGAAGAUUUAAAGAAGCACACGGUGUACUACGGUGGGUUUCACGGAAGUCACAGGGUCAUCAUCUGGCUCUGGGAUAUUCUGGCCUCUGACUUCACACCCGAAGAGAGAGCCAUGUUUCUGAAGUUUGUGACCAGCUGCUCCAGGCCCCCGCUCCUGGGAUUCGCCUACCUCAAGCCUCCUUUUUCCAUCCGCUGUGUUGAAGUGUCAGACGAUCAGGACACCGGGGACACCCUCGGCAGUGUCCUCCGGGGCUUCUUCACCAUCCGCAAGCGGGAGCCGGGCGGCCGCCUGCCCACAUCCUCCACCUGCUUCAACCUGCUCAAGCUGCCCAACUACAGCAGGAAGAGCGUGCUCCGCGAGAAGCUGCGCUAUGCCGUCAGCAUGAACACGGGCUUCGAGCUCUCCUAGCUCCCGCGCCCGCCCCCACCCUGGCCGACUCCCGGCGUCCCGGGCCCUUCGGCUCCGGGGGCAGCGGCGCCCUGGGAAAGUGACCACAAGCCAGGUGACCUCUCACUCUCUAUAGCCAUGAGACUCCCCUGUGGCCUCAACAACUUGGGACGCACGUGACAACUCCAUAGCAUUCCCUAGGUGACACUGAUGGGAAGGGUGUUGAGAAUAAACCUCCAAGUUCCGCCAGCGCUGCUCCUUUUCUCCUACUUUCCGGGGGCCUGUGACGCAGAGGGCCUUCUUCUGAUGGUUCGGUUUCUCGGUGAGUCUUUUCUUUCCCUAACUCUGAGCUGCGUAUGAACAAGUCCCAAGAACUCCCAGGGUCCAGAGUGUUUUUCAUGACACGGGCCCGAGUGUGCAAAGCCCACUACAGGUGAGGCGCUCUCCUUCCGUUUCCGAAAACUCUUUACUCAGGUAAGGCCUCGCCAAGCCUCUAUGCACUCGACAAAGUCUCUGCCCGCUCCGGGCCACAGCGGCCUCUCUCCAGACCGCCAGGCUCACCUGCUGCCCGGGGAAGCAGAGGUGCCCGCCAGGGAGGCCGUGGAGCCCAGGAAGUUCAGGGCGCUGCCCCCACCUCGAAACCACGCAUUCCACACAGCGGCAGUGCCCCUUCCCCUGUCUCGCCUCAGAUUCUGUGCGCACUCAGCAGGCUGAGCGGCCCGGAGGCUUCCACUGGCUUGACCCCAUCUUGUGCACGCACCUUGGCAUCUGGCUUUGGGGGAAAAAAACCCUUGGCCCUUAAGAGCAACUCUGUUUCCAGAAGGCUCUGGCUGUUCCCCCAAACCUGCUGGUUGCUAAGAGGGCGGCUGCCUUCUCCCCGCUGGUGUGCCCUACUUGCUGUCUAGUAAGGAACAAACACUAGCCAAGUUACCCAGCCUGUCCGGGCAGUGACUUUCCUCCAUUGAUGAUACACUUGCAAAACAAACAAACAAAAAAACCUUGGAUCUUACCGCUCAUCCAUCCUCAACGCAGGGAACCGGGAGCCCUUUCCCUGAUGGAGGCUCAAAGGGCUGAGGAAACUCUGAGUUGGGGUUUGGGGUUUUGUUUUUUUUACUUCAUUUUCUCUUCCAACCCAUUAUGUCCCCUCCCCCCACCCUCAUUCCUACCCCUUGUCCUGAGAACUUUAGUCUAGAUCCAGGGACUUGAGACAGAGGCCGUGUCUGUGGCCUGUGUUGACAGCCAUCCACCCUCACCCACCCCGUCAAGCUCCUUACGCAUCCCUACCACCAAGGUAGAAGCCGGGAGUGCCUGGUCCCUCCUCUGCUCUGUGGAGCCGGCUGAAGGCUGACAGCUCUCUUCCAAGCAGCAAAGCACCUUCCAGCAUGCUGGUGGCAAAGCGGGCAAGACCUGUCUCCAUGGCCUUCAUCAGAGGGUCACAGCUGGGUACCACGUCCUGCUCGGGUUCGACCCUGGCUCUGUUAGAGCCCCUGCACUUCUGGAGAACAGAGUUUUCCUUUGAUGGCAAGACGGCAAGGAAUCUAAAGACAGACGGGAAUUUGUUAUUUAAGACUUGUUAGUAACCUCUAGAUCUAUGGAUUUGCCACUUUAAAUAACCCGACUCUCCUAAAGCUCUCCUCUGAAUGCGUGCAGGUGCACUGAGCAGGUUUGUACGUUUAUGCUGCUGCCCGGAUUGUCCACCUGCACAAAGACGUGUGAUUCCCCCUCAGCUUUUAUUACCUGAGAAUCCGCCAGCGUGGGACUGGGGAGAGAGUGGUUUCCAAGCACCAAGGUCAACUUUAUUUGUUCUUUUGAUGAGGAGGGGUAGUUUGUGAUUUCGUUUAAAUUCUCUUCAACAGCUGGAAAUAUUGCACUAUCUAAAACCCUGCAUCUGGACUUUUAUGGCUGGUGUUCGUUGACACCUCGGUGGCUCUUGAUGGCUCUAAAAAGUUGUGGCAUUUUUUUUGUCAUUGUUGUUUCGUAGAUAACCUAGAGAUUAAAACGUGAUCAGAGGCUUUAUUAAAUUUGUACUUUAGCACGUGA